GUCCGUUGAUGCGGCCUUCCUCCAUAUUGGGACCUGCAAGGACGCGGCGUCGGGACUGUAAAGCUUUUAUAUAGCGACGGCCACAGUUGGUCUUCCAUGCAAGCAAACUCGAAGCUCACUGCGUCAAUCCUUCGACUGAGUAUCCAGGUCGAUGAUAAAUUCGAAGGCACCAAACUUACUUUACUCAUUCACAUCGCCAGUGAUAUUCUUCAAGGCUCGCAGAUUGGUAAACUGUCUCGGUAGGAUGGGAAGUAUACUGAACGAUGCAUACUUUACUUAGUCACUGGGUCUCACUACUACUCCACACGGUCCCUUCGUGGUGAGAACCCCGGCUUUGCAGGCUGAAUGAGGUGAAUAGCCCCUUCCCUGGAACCUGCGACCACUUCGACAGUCAAUUAGUGCUAUGCGAUCUUUCAUCCAUAGGGUCUUCCCUCUUGCAUUUGUAGGUUGUGUUGCUAGCGUGGUCCAUCCAUCUCAACAAGCAAUUCCAGAGUUUGUCAUUGAAUUCGCACCACUUUCCCACCUUUGGUCGCAAGAAAAAUGGUUCCCUUCAGAUAUAUCUACUCAUCUAGCGCACGUCCUCCCUGAAGUCAACUUCACCAUCGUCUCGGACUCUAUAGGUUUCCAAGAUAUCGGGAGUCUCGGCAACGAUGUCUUCUUGACAUCUAUAGAUCCCGUUGAGGAUGAGCCGUCAUGGAUGUUAUCUACGGAGAACAAACCUGAGGGCAAAGGCUUGAGUGGUGCGCCUGCUACGAUCAUCUGUAUAGAGAAAGAAGGAGGUAUCUUGGAUGCAUUCUACUUUCAUUUCUAUUCUUUCGAUGAAGGAAAUUCGAUCCUUGGUCAAGAGUUCAGUGACCAUGUCGGUGACUGGGAACAUAUCAUGGUCCGCUUCGUGAAUAAUACACCUUCGGUCAUCUACUUGAGUGCCCACAGCGGCGGUUUUGCCUUCAACUAUUCCGCUUUGCAAAUGACCCGCCACCGCGCAACUACGUUCAUUGCUGGCGGUACUCACGCUAACUACGCUAGCCCUGGUCCUCAUCUUCAUGGCCCAGACAAUCUCUUGAAUGAUCGCACAGACGCGGGACCGCUAUGGGACGUUACUCUGAACUUCCGAGGCUAUUGGUUUGAUAUCCCGGCUCAAACCUUCAGCGUUGCGAGUGGUGCUGGUCUUGGAAGAAAGGAAGAGGGCGAUGAGGGCGUUGGAUGGUUACAGUUUGAGGGUAUGUGGGGAGAUGAACAGUAUCCGGUCCCAGAGCACGGUCAAGUCUGUAAUGCGACAUUCAACGAAUGCAAGUUCUCAAGUGGCCCGACAGGACCGAUCGCCAAGAAUCUGGGCCGUAAUCAAGUUUGCGAACAUGAAACGAACUGCACAAUCUCCUCAUCUGUCUAAGAGCAUUGUUUUAGCAGUCAUAUCUCAGUCGAGAUUCACAGUGCUUUGUGCAGACAUGUGCCCUCUUCCGCUGAGUUCGAGCUUCGAUGUCAGAUUGGUGUUUCCGAUUGCCUCUGUCGAUCACGAUCUUUCCAUACCAUGUGUACGUCGAUUGUAUAUUUUCAAACGUUCCAUUCGUGUUCCGCGCUCACCGAAUCCCCGCAAAUCUCGCACUG